AUGGCUUACGCCGCCGCACUACCUCAACCAGUGACUGACCUCACUGAGAGGGCGGCCUCGGGUUAUAAGAACGUUGCAUACUUCGUGAACUGGGCGAUCUAUGGGCGGAACUACAACCCUCAAGACCUUCCAGCACAGGAGUUGACUCACGUAUUAUACUCCUUCGCGAAUGUGCGACCUGAGACUGGCGAGGUUUACCUGUCAGACACAUGGUCCGACACAGACAAACACUAUCCCACGGAUUCCUGGAACGACGCUGGAAACAACGUCUACGGCUGUGUGAAGCAACUUUUCCUUCAAAAACAGAAGAAUCGCAAACUGAAGGUUUUGCUGUCCAUCGGUGGCUGGACCUAUUCAACGAACUUUCCGCAGCCAGCUUCCACGGCUGAGGGAAGAGCCAAGUUUGCUUCGUCUGCGGUCGAGCUAGUGAAGAAUUUUGGCCUGGAUGGACUGGAUAUCGACUGGGAAUAUCCUGCAAAUGAUCAACAGGCGAACGACUAUGUUUCUCUUCUCGCCGAAACACGACGUGCGCUGGAUGCAUACUCAGCACAGAGCGCGAACGGUUACCAUUUCCUACUCACGGUUGCUUCGCCUGCAGGUCCCUCUCAUUAUCAGCAACUAAAGCUCGCGGCUAUGGACAAGUAUCUUGACUUCUGGAACCUGAUGGCUUACGACUACUCUGGCUCCUGGGACUCUGUGGCUGGACACAAUGCCAACUGGGACCCUUCAUCGUCGAACCCGAGCAGUACGCCGUACAACACCAAGCAAGCGAUCGACUACUACACAGCCAAUGGCGUCGCGGCUAGCAAGAUCGUAGUUGGCAUGCCUCUCUACGGCCGCGGUUUCGCAAACACUGAUGGCCCCGGCAAGCCAUUCUCCGGCACCGGCCAAGGGACCUGGGAAACCGGCGUAUACGACUACAAAGCUCUGCCGCUGGCCGGUUCUUCCGUCGUCACUGACAAUCAAAUCACUGCAUCAUAUAGCUAUGAUGCUGGACAGCGUUUCAUGGUUUCUUACGACACUCCCGAUAUUAUACGCAAGAAGACCGAAUUCAUCAAGAACCUGGGGCUUGGUGGUGGCAUGUGGUGGGAGAGCAGCGCUGAUAAGAAAGGAAGCGAGAGUCUCAUCUCCACUUUCGUGAACGCCGUUGGCGGUGUCGGCGCCCUUGAGCAGAGCCCGAAUCAACUCGAUUUCCCAGCUUCCAAGUACGACAACUUGAAGGCCAAGUUCCCCAGUGGCUAG